ACUCUUAACACGGACCGACCGACGCGAUGUCACGUCAAUCGAUACGCACCCAUCACAAUCCUACCCCGGCAGCCCAUGGACCACACGGAGAAAAGCACACACCCAUCCUCGGUGUGGAUGAGACAUUGAAUGACUGACGCGUCUCACCCGUUCUCUCUGGACGUGACACGUCUGCUCAUCCCAAACAGACUCCUUCCCGGUGUUCCAAGCAGUGCCUCGAUGCCAAUCACGAGGACGCGCGUCAACAAGUUCCACGCGAUAUGCAUCCAUGGGUCCUCAUCCUUUCCUCACUUUCUUGCGCGGCCCCCCUCUGUCUUUUCCUUCGUUGCCUCUCUUGCGCUGCCCAGCAGCCCCCUCCUUGGAUCGGUGGUACCGGGCCAGCACGGCUGCCUGCUGCUUCUCGAAGCGACCACCGCCCAUCUUCUUCGCACCAUCUGGCACGCCAUCGGCGGCUGGCUCCUGAGCUUGUUUCCUCUUCUUGGCCUUGAACGUGAAGGGAUUGAACCUGCACAUACAGACACAGACACACAGGGUGGUGUGUGUGAUGUGUUGUUGGUGCGGCGAAUGGAUGGAUGGACCUACUUGGUCUUUUGUGGUUGUGUGGCUCCUGUUCGGCUCCUGCUGGUUGCCGAGGGGCUGUCGUCCUCUCUGUUGUCAUCCCCCUCGUCGUCAGCCUGACACAUGAAUACAAUCAAUGACGCGCGAUCAGCAAGGCGCACUCGCUCGCCUUUUGACUGACCUCUGCAUCUCCGCCAUCUUCGGCUGUUGCCUCCUCUGCUGGCUUGUUUUUCAGCAUCUUGCGUUGCUGCCUCUCAGCAAGACGCUCGGCCAGCCUCUCCUGCUCCCUGACAUGGGCAGACACAAAGGUGGCUGUCUGAUGCGUGUGUGCAUCCAUCGGCUUUCUUACUUUCUUCUGUCUUUCAGUAUGUGGGCUUUCUUGUCGAGCUGCUGCAUCUCGUCCGGCGUUUUCUUGACGUACUCAUGAAACAGCACUGCACCGCACAGACAGACACUCGUCCGAAUGCAUACGACGGCAACUGACGUGUGAUGUGCUCACCUUUUCCGGCAAACAUCUCCUCCUCGGCCUUGAUGAGCUGCAGCGUCAGGCGCGGGCCCAGUUCAAUCAGACUGCAUCCAUGCAAACCAACACACCAACCAACCAACCGAUCGCUCAGCCCCGUGUGUGGUCAUCCACCUCUCUCACCUGACGGAAAUCUCUUUCUCCUCAGUCUGCGCCUCCCUCUUCGCCGGCGGCACGGCCACCUGCGCUGCGUCCUCCACCUCCGAAUCGGAGGCAUCGCCCACACCGCCCACACCGCCCGACAAGACGAAGUCCGACACCUCGGUCUUGGUGCCCAGGUUGACGAGCUUCUCCGACUUGGUGCGCAGGAGCUUCCGCACGCCACGCGUCAUGCCAGCGGGGCGCUUGACGAUGGCGUAGUGGCGCAUGGAGAUGGCCUUGCCCGCUGGGGAAUAGUUGAACAGCACCACGCGACGACAGUCACCCACCUGAAGAGAGGACGAGGGAAGACAAGAAGGUACUGAUGGCUGGGAUUUCUCUUCUCUCUCGAUGUCCCGUGCUCCUCUCUACCCUACCUGCAUGUUCUUGACGUCGAUUGGCGGGAACAUGUUGCUGAGCAUCACCGUCAUGAGCUUGAGGGCGCCGGCCGUUUCACCAGACCCCUCGGCUGCCUUGCCCUCCUUGAAGCCGUUGAGCACCACCAACGGCGACUUGUCGUAGUCAGACGUGGUCGCCCGCGGCCUCUUCUGACUCGCUCGCACCUCAGUCGCCAGGGUGUACGAGUGCACGCGGAAGGUGAAGGAAGGGCCGGCAGGGAGUCGGGCGAUGCGGAGGUACACAGCCACAUCCGUCUGGCUGAGCAUGACGAGGUGUGUCACGCCGAAGACCCCAGCCACGUUGAUGAAGUCGCGCACCUUCUGCACGCGGGCCUCCCUCAGCCUGAGGGCGGUGAAUGGAGCCAUGAGCUUGCGGAGGUCCUGGACCAGCAGCCGGACGCUCGGUGUGACGCGGCCCUUCUUGAAGACGAAGCUCUUGGGCAGAUUCUUGAAGGCCUCAUCCGACUGGACCACGUGCGUGCGCCUCUUCCGUCGCCUCGCACCCUUCUUCGCCAUCGGACCGCUGACUCAAGAUCCGUUGCUGAUCUGCACGCAAUACGAUGAGGAUGACCAGAUGCAGUUGAGGAUGUCGUCAAACGGCAAACAGCGGCCCGG